AUGCUGCUACGCCUGUCCCGGACUGCCCAGGCAAACGCCAGGGGCCAUUGCCGAGCAUGCCUCACCUUGCCAUCAUGGUGUCCCAUAGUCACGCCAUGGACGAUAUCUCGACAGCCACUGCGCAGACACCAAAGAUCAUUUGGCGGUGGACCAGUCGGCGAAGACGAAUUUUUCGACAUAACCGAGAAGGAGGCGCAAAUCGACGAGACUAUGGACGAGAUCACGAGCAUUCCUAGAAACGGGACGACCGUCCCACGCACUGCAGUAGGGGAGCUGAAAGCAGGUGGCCCUAGGAGAGCUUGGUUGGACCGACGUAUCUACCGCAUCACAUCGAGCUUGCCAUGCAUAACUGAGCCUGGAAAAGACCCGGAGGGUCCAUGGUCCAUGGACAACGAUAACGAAGGUGUGGCCAGCGCUAUCGAGGCGAUCUGCGUCCCCCAGAAACUCUUGAAAGACAGCGAACGUACCCUGCCGCAGCGCGAGGCCCACUUGAACUCUAUCCGUGCCAUUUAUUUUGCGACCAACAGGCUGGACUCUUCUGCUAUUGAUCUUGGUCAAAUAGCUGAGGCUCAACAUGAUGAGGAGAAAACCCAUGUGAAGUCCGUUCAAGAGAGCGGCAAACUUUCGAAUGGGUCAGAGAGCAGGCGUGAAGAGGCUGAGGAUGUUGUCUAUGAUCCCAGGGGUUCGCCAUUACACGAGACCGACAUACAGCAACUCGAUGCCGCCAACAUCCAGGAGGAACUGCUUCAUCACGGUCCUUAUCGUGGUCCCAGGAAGGAUGUGCACGUGGAGCAGAACCGUGAGAGGAUUAAUGAACUCGUCGAUGCCUUAAUGACGCAGGCUGUGACUGAGAGGUUUCGCGGAGAACUGAAGCCCAUUCGCCGCGCACUAGAGAGUCUUGAUGGGCCUUGCACUGCCCUUGAAAUGCUCAGAAAAGAAGGCUAUCCUAGGUACCAAAGUGCCAAGACCGAUCCCGUUGCGGCUGCCGAGGGAAUCAAGAAAAUCAACGACCAUGCCAGAAUGGUCUUCGCACAAUGGGAGCGGGCCAUUAUCCAGGAAAAAUCACAGCGUAGACCAUACCGCAAAACAAACGAAGGGUCGGCCCUGACAACGACAAUGCUGUACAAGAUCUGCUUCAACCUCCUGACCCAAGUCUAUGAGCCUGAGGUCCACACUUUCAACACCCUCAUGCUAGGCUUCACGAUGGUGGGUGAGCAUCGUCUUGCCCGUAUCGUCAUGGAAAGCUUUUUGCGUACCAAGAUGAUGCCCACAAAGGCAACCAUUGCUAUAAUUCUUCACCAUUAUUAUGCCAGCAAUGACAUCCUUGGAUUUUAUCACUGGGUUCGUCGCAUGAUAGGCCUCGACGUGAAGGGCGUUGGGAUCCGACGUGUGCAGUUGUCCGAGAUUGGGGACGACGAUAAGACAUUUCUUUCAUGGGCCCAGCAAAAAAAUGUGGCCUUGCGUGGGGGAUGGUUGGUCACUCGCAGCUGGCUGGAAGCAAACGAGAUGGAGGCGCUUCUGAAGGGACUCAUUUACUUUGGCCAAGCCCAACAUGCUGCGCAAAUACUCAGCAUCAGCCUGAAGCGAGGGCACGCUGUUCAGACGAGUACCUUCAUUGAUCUUCUCGCCCUGAUAGGGAGCAGAUUGGACCAUGACGCGGCAAGCCUGCUGGUACGUGGCCUAUGUGCCAACUCACGGGAUUUGACGUCACUUCUCUUGGAGGAGGACGGCUCGGCGCGUUCUAAAAUUCUCGUCACGCAGCUCCGACGUGUGUUCGCCAUAUAUGCAGCCCGCUUGCACAUGCCUAUGGCGACAGACAAGUUUAACUGGGCCAAGCUUCCGGCUGACUGGGAGGACAAGGAUGCACUCCAACAUCGUCAUGACGUUUACGUCAAAACAGCACUAUUGUUGUCGGCCGAUUAUCCCCGCCGUACAAGCGAAGUAGAUGGGCUCUUUCCGGGCCUGUCAACCAUCGUAAUCGCGCUGCGGAUCAAAGAGAUUUCUGUGUAUUUGUGUCAGUUGGAUCGCGAUUUGAAGAAUGUGGAAUUAAAAAUCAAGCAGGCAGUGCAACGAAUCCACGACGCUACAAGACAACGAGACAUUUCCUUGGCGCCCAAACUUAAAGCAUGGUGGCGCCAGCGCUUCCUGUUCUCACCAGAAGAGCGUACCAUUAAAAUGACUGUUCAUAGAUACAAACGCUUGCUGAAUAGGCGGAGGAUGUAUCGGGGCAUGGCACGGCUCCAUAUCCUGACCGAGCAAAUCGACAUACUCACCUGGGGUGUUGCCGAGUGUAUCGACACGUUUAGCCAGAUGCCAUUCGUCCCAUCCGAGUUGAAAGACGCCAUGUAUCUUUCUCUGGCUUCGGUUAGUAUCGACUCGUGCGUCAAGCUGGCCUACAGACAUUAUAACUGGGAAUGGGCGGCUGCCGCCCAAGGACAUAAAAAAAUAAACGCCCCCUUUUACGAGGCGGCUCUCCAGCGCGGCAAAUGGUCUUGGGAGGAUAUCAAACGUCUGAAUGUCGAAGCCAAUAUUGCCAUGAAAGCCAGCCUCUACCUCUCGUACGAGAUCAAGGCGACGAUGGCCAGAUUACUUCCACCGAACUUCGAAAAACUUCUGUUGGACGCAUACGGAACUUGGCGCAGGGUACCGAUCGAGGAGCUGGUGCAGUACUGCACAGGCAUUGUUAACAAAUCACUACCAAGAGCCGAAGAUAAAGAGACGCGGCUUGUCAGGCCCGUGGUUGACUACUGGAGCCGCAAAACCAACCCCUAUCACUACCUGCCUAGCACCUGA